CAACCGAGGAUGGCCUAUCAAGCACGGAUGCGGAACAAAGGUUGGCUCGCUAUGGCCCAAACAAACUCCCGGAGACCGUGAAAAAUCCUAUCCUGGAAUUCCUUAAAUUUCUAUGGAACCCACUGUCGUGGUGCAUGGAAGUGGCGGCAAUCAUUUCAAUCAUUCUUAUUGAUUACAUUGAUUUCAUCCUGAUUAUCGUUCUUUUAUUGCUGAAUGCCGCUAUUGGUUAUCGCGAGGAAGCGGCUGCUGGUGAUGCUAUUGCCGCAUUAGCUGCAUCCUUAGCUCCGCAGGCGAAAGUGCUUCGUGACGGAGCAAUAAAAACUAUUGAAGCUUCGCAGUUAGUCCCCGGUGAUAUUGUGCUCGUCCGACUCGGCGACGUAGUUGCUGCUGACAUCAAAUUAAUUUGCGCUGAGGAUCACGAGCCUUUGCAAAUUGAUCAGGCUGCACUGACUGGAGAGUCUCUACCUGUUAAGCGUUUUGGAGGCCAAUGCGCGUUCUCUGGUUCAACCGUCAAGCAGGGCGAGAGCUUGGCUGUAGUAUAUGGUACCGGGGCUAACACCUUUUUCGGCAAAGCUGCCUCACUUAUAGGUGAAACAGACUCAGAUGGCCAUUUGCAAAUAGUCAUGUCUCGCAUCGGUGCAAUCUGUAUCAUCACCAUUACUGUCUGGGUGAUUAUAGAACUGGCUGUUCAAUUCGGACAUUAUGGUCACGAGUGUACACUUGGCGAGGAAGGAUCUUGCCCAACACUCUCAAAUAUGUUAGUUAUUAUCGUAGGCGGUAUCCCUAUUGCGAUGCCAACAGUAUUGUCGGUAACUUUGGCUAUGGGAGCUUAUAAGCUUGCAUCAAAAGGAGCGAUCGUAACGCGACUGACGGCUAUCGAGGAACUGGCUGGCAUGGACAUGCUUUGCUCAGAUAAGACAGGCACGCUUACCCUCAAUCAGCUCAGCGUGGAUAAGAGUAAUUUGGAGUCUGGUGAUGAUUUCACUCCUGACGAUAUCCUAUUGUACGGUGCACUGGGCGCUAAAAUCGAGAACGAGGAACCUAUCGACUUAUGUUGCCACGACGCAUAUGGCGAGAAGAAGGAUACACUUUGGAACGAAUACAAAUGCACCAAGUAUGUACCCUUUAAUCCAAGUGACAAGCGCACCAUUGCUACGAUUGAAGAGGUCGCAACUGGAAAGACUUUCCGUGCAUCCAAGGGUGCUCCUCAAGUUAUUUUGCAGAUGGCCCACAACUACGAGCAGAUCAAAGACAAGUUUGAAGGCCGCAUCCUGGAAUACGCCAGUCGCGGCUACAGGGCGCUAGGGGUAGGAUAUUCUGACGGUAAGGAUAGUGACAAGUGGGAGUUUGUAGGCUUAAUUCCAAUCUUUGACCCACCACGCCAUGAUACGAAAGACACCAUCGCAAAAUGCCUGGAAUUAGGGAUCGGAGUCAAAAUGAUCACCGGUGAUCAGCUACCCAUUGGUAUCGAGACAGCCAGACAGCUUGGUAUGGGCACCAAUAUGUAUACAACGGAGGUGUUCAAGGACGAGCACUCAGGCUUGGUAGAUGGUACAAUGACGUUAUCUGAGCUGGUUGAGAAUGCGGAUGGAUUCGCAGAGGUCUUCCCCGAACACAAGUAUGAUAUUGUCAAACGACUCCAGGAGAGAGGCCACAUUACUGGCAUGACAGGCGAUGGGGUAAAUGAUGCUCCUGCUUUGAAGAAAGGUGACAUCGGCAUCGCUGUAUCUGAUGCCACGGAUGCGGCAAGAGCUGCGGCUGACAUCGUGCUGACGGAAGCGGGUUUGGGCGUAAUCAUUGAUGCUAUUAUCGGCGCUCGAAAGAUCUUUCAGCGUAUGAAGAGUUAUGCUAAGUACACUGUUGCCAUGACCUUCCGUAUCUGUUUCACGUUCGGUUUGCUGACUGUCUUGUACGAUUGGUAUUUCCCUACAAUUCUAAUUGUGCUGCUAGCCAUUUUCAACGACGGCGCCAUGAUUUCUCUAUCGAAGGAUCGAGUUACUCCUAGUCGUAACCCGGAUGCCUGGUUCUUACAGUCCAUCUUCAUCAAUGGUUUGGUGUAUGGUCUAUACCUGACAUUAUCGUCGUGGGCGCUCUUCUACAUUGCGUCCCACACCGAUUUCUUUGAAGGCGGAUCUGCACUGAAUAUGCAGUCGCUGCAAUACACUGUCUCGGAUGUAUACUGUGAGUUUCAAAAAGGGCUCGCUGUUGGUUCAGACAACUAUAAUCAAUGUGUGGCGGAGGUGACGUGGGAACGACAAUCUCGCUUGCGCGCGCUUAUGUACGCGCAAGUAUCCAUCUCUGGAAUGGCGCUAAUCUUUGUCACUCGAACAAGUAAGUUUUCGUGGCUGGACCGUCCGGGUGUUAUGCCAAUGGCAGCAUUCAUAUUCUCGCAAAUUGUGUCGUCUUUAGUUGCUGGGUUCGGG